AUGGACACAGGAGACACAGUUGACGCGUCAAAGAUUGCUAAUAAACUAUUUGCAGAAGAGAUAUCCUCUGCCAAACCAGCAGAAAUAACUCAGUUUCUCGCUGGUGAUGAUGCUGAAUCGUCAGAAAUCAGAUCACUUUAUUUCAACAACUUCAAAUGGCCAGCUAACUUACUCAGCUCCAUGCGUUUACUAUGCUCCAAACUAUACCUCAAGGCUGAAUCUCAAGAGUUGGAUCGUAUUUUAUCUUCGUUUGCUCAAUCAUACCUAAACCAACAUCCUCAAAAUGUAUUUUGCACACAAAACUUUGAACAAAUUUAUGUCAUUGUUUACUCGCUUAUAUUGCUAAACACUGCUUUACACAAUGUGGAAUUGAAUAGGAAAUCGCGUAUUCGUCAAUCUGAUUUCAUUAGAAAUACCCUUUCGACUUUUUUACAUCAAGAUACAAAAUUACUGAAGAGUUUAUCAACAAAACAAAAACUUUCCAUAGAAGUAACAUUGUCAGAUUUCUAUGAUGAUUUGUUAAAGAAUGAAUUAAUUUUAAAAACUGAGUCGUCAUCAACACCUUCAAACCGACUUUCCAGGGCUAGUAAAGAUGAGGAUAAUUCUACAAACAUCACCACCACAACAUUACCAGCAUCAGCAGCCACAACAUCUGAUACAAAUGGGGAAAUAGAUCAUUCGGUAACCAGAAAGAGCUCAAAUUCAUCCAUCUGGUCAACAGAUACCACCCAACAGCAACUCCAACAGCAGCAGCAACACCAACACCAACACCAACGAUUCCCGUUACACUUGAAAAGAAUUACAUCUGCAUCAUCAGCUAUAACGUCGCAAACUGCAACUACUGCAACUACUGCGUCUACUGCUGCACCGGCAAGGGUGGGGCUUGCAAGAGCUUUAGCUGGCCUGGCGGUUCUCCACGAUCAAUCCAUGUAUAAACAUGCCAACCACUCCUUAAUGUCACAAAGAUCAUCACCAGCAUUACGCCAUAGAGGAUCCUUUGAUCAAGCUAAUAAACGAACAUCAGUGAUUUCAAGAAAAGUUGACGAUACAAUGUCGGUGUUGUCAUUGGAUAUUACUGGUCCUAAUUGGCAAGAGGAUCAAAAAGAAAUGGAGCAGUUUGAUGUCGAAGAUUAUCAGGAUGAAUAUGACUUGGAAUUGGAACUAAAUGGUAGUCCCUAUCUUAAAGAAGGGUUAUUAAAGUUGAAAAUCUUAAAUAAUGAUUCAAUCGACGAUGGAUCUAUUUCACAAACGCAUCAAGCUAAUCGAUUUUUGUCGUUUUUCAACCAGUCAAGAAAUAUCAAUGUCUUGAGUAAAUUUGUUGACCAUUUUGUUGUUGUUUCCAAGGGGGAAUUAUCCCUUUACUCAUUUGACCCAAAAGUGAUCAAAAAACAUAAACGUACAAAUGAUGUUGAAGACGACUUAGGCGAUGGAAACUGGCUACGAAAUGCUGUUAAAUUAGGCACUUACAACUUAUGCUCUACCUAUGCCGCUUUAGACCAGCUGCAACAACAACCACAUCAUCCACAUCAUCAAACAGGUAAAGUGUAUUGGACGCUAACAUUCCCCAAAAUUACAAAGAAACCUGCCAAGAAAUUCAUCUUUGAGGCUGGAACCAAAGAAAUUGCCUUGGAAUUUGUCAAUACUUGCAAUUAUUGGGCGGCUAAAAUAUCAGCUAUACCAACCUUGGAAGAAAGCGUAUCUUCUGAAGAAUACGGAUGGGUCAAUUUACCCCAUUUGAUCAAGACACGCAAAACAUUUAAGAAAUUGAAAACUAUUCAAAAAUGGGAACCAGUAUUACAAGGGGUUUAUAUAUCGAAUCUUUCCGUUAAUGAACAAGCCAAUCAUUGGGGGAUGAUGAAUCAAUUUGUCAAAACUUCGAGUUAUUACAAUCAUUUGAAAAAACUGUAUCGUAACUUUAUGCAGUUGAAGCAAAAGUUUAUUGAAAAUUUCCCCAAGGCGCAAUACAAUGGGUCUAAUUAUACGCGCGUCAUUUCUAAUUUCGAUACUAAGAUUGACCAUUAUAAACAACAGUUGAUGGUGUAUCGCAGCUACAUUAUCAUUUUGGGGUUUGCAUUACAAUUGCGAUUCGACUUGCAUGAAGAGAAGCAGAAACAAGAGCGCGAUAAAUUAGAUACUAGUUUGGAAGAUGACUCAUCGCAUCACAGUGUACCUCUUGAUGAAGAACAAGAAGAUGAUGAAUUGACCAAAUUGGUUAAAAGUGAAAUCAAGAAAUUAUUUUUCAAUAUGAAGGAUAUUGGCAAUAUCAUCCCUACCUUUAAAUCUUCAAAAUCGAUUAAAAAUAUAGCCAAGUUGCAAGAACAGCAUCAAUUGGAACAAAAUAAAUUGGUCAAGUCGCCCAAGACGUUUACAUUGUCGAACUUGAAGGAUAAUGAGUCACCUAUUGCACAGUUGAUUGCUACUUCGAAUCAAAGCUCGAGUCCUCCGCGCAAGGAGUCGAUGAUGGAGACAACGAUAACCGAAGAAGAUGAAGAGGACGAAGAGGAUGUGGCGGUGGUUGCUAAUAAGGGAGAUACGGAUAUUGAAACUACUGGUGUUAAUCAAGGAGCUGAGCCAAACAAGGAAGUAGUAAUAGGGGAGAGUGACGUCACUGUUUCUGUGUCUGCCGAAGAAGCAAAAGAGACAAAAGAUGAUCAUGGGGAUCAAGAUGAAGAUUCAUCUAGUGAAAUCAAAGCACAACUAAGCAGAAAAGAUUCAGAGAAUACUAAAGUUGAUCAAGAAAGUAAUGCGUCAGGAGGAGAAGGUGAUCAUGGUGAUCAAGGACAAGGACAAAGACAAAGACAAGGACAAGGACAAGGUGAAGCUGCUGGUGGCUCACCUGUAGGUAGUAUAAAAAAGCCGAAUUUGGAAGUUGUGACUAAUGAAGUGUCGGCUUUGGUUAUAUAA